AUGCAUUUCACACCAAUACUUUCAGCCUUCUUGCUUUCCAGCAUUGCGCUGGCAACACCAGAUCCAGCUUCCUCUGCUAGUGAUGCCUCAGGACAGGGGAAUUCAGCCCAGGAGGAGCAGUCCAUAGCUGCUCAGGCAGUGACUGCGGUACCGAACACCGAAGCUGCACAGCCAAGUGCCACUGUUGGAAACCAGCAAAAUCCAGCAGAUAUUGAUAGAAUUACGCCUGCCGCUCCGACAAAUGGUGCUACUGAGGCAUCUUCAAACCAGAAUUCUGGUCUGAAUGCUGCAAACACGCAAUAUGGGGGUGGAGAUUUCCUGUCAUAUCUGACGGAUGGCUCGUUGAUUCCUACACUAGGUGGGGGAUCUGACCAGCAGGCUGCAAAGUCUACUGCUGGUGCUGGUGCUGGUGCUGCUUCUGCUUCGACACAGGAGAGCCGAGCUGAGACUGCCCCGCCUACAGCUCAGCCAAAAGAACCAUCAGCCUCUAGCAAGACGUCGGCUUCAGCUUCCUCAACGGCCGAAGGCUUCUCUUGGGAAAGUUUGAUUCCUGAGGGAGUCACUGGCGACCCCGGAACAGAUCUGGGGAAUCAGCUGGAUGGUGUUUUAGGUCUCCUAUCUCCGACAUUCCUCAAGGAUGUGGAAUCGUUCUUCCAUCAUUUUGCAUAUCUGUUUGACGAUAAGACCACCGAUCAGACUAAGUCCUUGAUCGACACCGCAUACGGUCUGCUGACCCAGGAGCUGAUCAACAAGCUCAUGGGCCUUCUGGACAACGUCACCAAGCUAUUGACUCCUGAGGUUGUUAAACAGCUCAAGAGCCUACUCGAUCAGCUUGGACCUGUCCUGACUCCUGAUCUCUUCAAGAAGUUGUCCUCGUUGUUGGACAAUGCUGGCAACCUUUUGACGGCUGACUUCGUCAAAGAAGUCAACGGAUUGAUUGGCAACACGAACAACUUGCUAACAGCUGAUUUUGUUAAGGAGAUCAGACAGCUCCUCGAAGCUGUUGUCCCUGUUCUUACUCCUGAAUUGCUCAAGGGCGUCGGCGGUCUGCUGAACAAUGCCAACACCUUGUUGACUGCGGAAUUUGUCAAGGAGACGAAGGGCUUGAUUGUCACUGUUGCGCCAUAUAUUACUCCUGAGCUGCUUAAGGAGCUCAAGACCCUCCUAGAACAACUCGGCCCACUCCUUACUCCUGACUUGUUCAAGCAGCUCAACACGCUCCUCACCAAUACGGGUAAUUUGUUGACUGCCGACUUCGUCAAGGAGACGAAGAGUUUGAUCGGUGCUGGAUUCGUCGACGACACCAAGAGUCUUCUUGGAAACGCCAACAACCUGCUCACCCCGUCUUUCGUCAAAGAAACUAGUGGAUUGAUCGACGGCAUUGCACCAGUCAUUACACCUGAGUUACUUGCUCGGGUGGGAGGUCUCUUGGACAAUGCCGCUAACCUCUUGACACCUAAGUUUGUCAAUGAGACAAUCAACCUAAUCGACGGAGUUGCCCCGAUGAUCACACCCAAUCUUCUUGCUCAAGUCGGUGGCCUCCUUGGUAACGCCGACAAGCUUCUCACGAGCAAGUUCGUUGAGGAGACCUCGAGUCUCAUUGAUGCGGUGGCGCCGGCCAUCACUCCUGAUCUUCUUGAGGAAGUUGGCUUCCUUCUGGGCAACGCCUCUGAUCUACUCACGCCAAAGUUCGUGAAUGAGACGCGAGGGUUGAUUGAUGAUGUUUCCCCGGUCAUUACCCCUGAACUUUUGGCCGAAGUUGAUAGUCUCUUGGGUAAUGCCAACGAUCUGCUAACCCCGAAAUUUGUCAACGAGACCCAGGUAUUAAUUGAGGAUAUCUCUGAUCUGUUCCCCGCCUUGGUGAAGAUCUUGGGUACACUGUGA